GUUUAAUAGUACAUGUAUAUUAAUGCAUAAAUCGAAUACAGGUAAACAUGCAUUAUAACGAUUGCAUUUUCAUAAUUAUAGCGAUUGAAUUUCAGUUCGUUUUGGCUUGGGAUUUAUCAAGAACAGUGGAAAUAGUAUCACAGACAUGCGGAUCCAGCGUUAACCUUCACUCUGUGGAGUCCGUUGAUAUCUCCUAUACAGGCGGCCAAGUGUCCCCACAUCUGGACGAGGACUGCUUUGUCAAAAAAGAUAACAAAGACCCUCUCGUGGAAACAAUGUGCUUCGAUGUGAUUUCGAUGGAUAUCAAAACGUGUGAAACUGCUGUUAGUGUCUCCAGUGGAGUCGGUUUAUUAUUGGACCCAGUGAAGUCGUGGAGUUGCUAUCAUUCUGUGUGCUGUGAUUGGUGUGGAAAGCAGAAGACGAGCUUUUUGUACGUGAAGGUCUCCACGAGCAACCUAUACCCAAAGGCCAAUGUCACGUUGCGUGUCUACCUAAAGACGUUGCAUGGCGGUACGCCGUUCUCGCCAGAUACAAGUGAGUCCACCUCUGGUGACGUAUCUUCGGGUGUGAUAGUUGGUAUAGUUGUGGUGCUGAUAUGUUUAAAUGUUGCUGGAUUAACUUUUUGGGUACGAAAGAGGAGGCAACGCCGUAGCCGCCAAUUAAGCGUCACCAUUGACUCACAGCCACAAAGGACGAUAGAAUCCGUUCAACCAACAGUCCAGCCCUCCUGCACCACAGGAUACAGUCUAGUACCAGACUUCGACCCACACAGUCUACACGUCGACUCUAUAAGUCCACUAGCUACUCCAGACAUGCAAUGUGCUAGUCAACAAAUGCCGCGCAACAGUCCACAAAUGCCGCGCAAUAGUCCACACAUGCCCCGGAGUAGUCCACACAUGCAGCGCGCUAGUCCACAAAUGCCGCGCAAUAGUCCACACAUGCCCCGGAGUAGUCCACACAUGCAGCGCGCUAGUCCACAAAUGCCGCGCAAUAGUCCACACAUGCCGCGGAGUAGUUCACACAUGACGCGCAGUUAUCCAUCUGCCCCACCAAUGGAAGUUUAUUCAAGAACAACGCAACUGCAUGACGAGGACGAUUCUGCUCCACCUUCGUACGAAGAAUAUAUGAGAACUGCGAAGGAGAAUUAGAAUAAUUUCUCUCAGAUUAAAAACUACCCUUUUUCGUCACCAGUCGCAUGAACGGGGAAGUGUGAACAAACCGGACUUAAAGCUGCACUCUCACAUAUUGACAGAUAUGACAACUAUUUCAUUUUUUUGUUGUCUCAGAAUCAGCUGAUUUUGGCAUCAAUGUUUUCAAAUCAGUCAAAGGAUAAAACACAAUAAAACAAAUUUCAAUUGUUUGGAACAAUGCCGAUAUUUUAAAUGUUAGUUUCUCUUUAAGCCAUAAAGCAUCAGUUUCCGAACGUAAAUAUGAACAACUGCGAACUGAUCUUUUAUCAGCAGUCAUAUAUCGCAUGUUUGAAGACAUUUACGCAAAAUUUUGGUUAUUCCAAGACAAAAAAUAAAAAGUUGGUCUACAUGUGAGAGUGCAGCUUUAAAUAUUGGAUUAAAAUGGUUUAGGGGCAGGGCCUCCUCCUUUUUACUUCUAUAAUUUUGAAAAAAAAAUAAAAAAAAAAUCAACAUUUAAAUCUCGGGACCAGUAUAAACUAUUGUAUGAUUUUAGCUGUCAUUUGCAUUGCAUUUUUUUUUCUUGGAAAUAUUUGGUAAAUCUUUUUAUGUACCUAGUUAAAAUAUAAUUUUAUUAUGUCAUAAUUCGGUGACCUCAUACAUUGUCCUACAAAAGAUCAUGUUUUUCACACACACGUCCGGCAUGCAAGAAGCUCAAUAUAGAAAUACAAGAUUUAACAACAAUCUUGCCCUUAACCACUGGCACCGGAUUUUUAAACUCAAACAUUUUAUUUUUAAAUAUUAAAAAAAACCUCGUCAAACUGUAUUACUGGUGUGACAAUAGCCAUGUACAAUACAGCCGGGAGAAACAAUAUCAAGACCACCCGUUUUGCAAGCCAUUCCAAUGAAAAUAGUUCAAUGUUGUUGUUGUUGUUGUUGUUGUUGUUGUCGUUUUGAUUAUUAAAUAUCAGCUAUUAUUUUAUACAAUUGUAUGUUGUCGGUUACAUUUCUGUUAGAACAAAUACUCAAUUGCAGAAUUUACUGAUGCUUUUUAAUCGUAAUGAAUCAUUAUUUAAAAUGUAAAUGUACGUUCAAGAAAUUUUCUCGGGUGCCCUACUGCGUUCAUAUAGUAUAAACUCAAGAUAAUAAUAAAAAUAUAUCAAUCCUUAAAUAUAUUCAUUAUAUACGUAUCGUUAACCUGCGGACAAUAGAUAUCGCAAGAUGCGCUUGUCAGCAUUCCACUUGGCAAUACGGCCGCAUUCCACUUUGCUGACGUCACGUCAUAACACAUUACUGCGCUAUGUUAAGAUGACGUCAGAAAACAAAGUAGUGCGUAAUUUAAAUGUUAUUGAGUAUGUAAUAAUGUGACUUAAACCAGUAAUAAAUAUAACAAAAUGGUUAUUAGAACUGCGUUUUGAUCCGAAGGGUUGUGUUCGAAUUUACGGAUAUUUUGCAGAUUUUGCAAAAUUGCAAUUGAGUUGAAUACAUUACAACCUUCCAGAUAAAAAAGCUGUAUUAAUUACUCCAUUAGACUUGUUUCAUUUUUUGUUCUUUUUCCAGUAUUGUUGAUGUAUGUAAAGUAGUUGUUGUUCAUUCCAGUUACUUUUUUAGACAACUUAUAAAUAUAUUUCAUUUUAAACAAUGCUGUACCGUGGUAAAGUUUAUAUAGUAUAUAUUACUAUGGACUAUUAUUCUGUUAUUCUCUACAGUUGAUUUAUGUUUUUGCCAUAUUUAUGUUGUUAAUGGCUAAAGGCUAUUUUAUGCCGAACUGCUAAUAAAAUUUGAAACUUCAAACUUGUUGUUGUUGUUUUAUAGAAAUUAAUGCUCGGAAUACAAUUACAAAUUUCUUCAA